CACAAUUUUACCAUCAAAGCAAUCAUCUCUAUAAAUUGAAUUACAAACUGACAAAUACAUUUGUUUGAUAAGAAAACAUCAAGUUAUAAAUCGUUCAGUCACAGUGUACCAUUCAAAGUCAAGGAUUGUAUAUUUUAAUUUUAAAAUUAAUUACUAUUCAUCAACAUAUUUAAUCAUUUAUUAAUUUUGAACUUUGUAAUUUUCCAUUUUAUUAUAUUAAUUAUUAGUACUUUGAAUGUUGAAGUUAAUUUUGUUCAAAUUCAUUUGAUCAAUCCAUCACAAAGUAUAAGUCAAUUAUUUAAGUUUUUUUUUUAAAUAUCAACAUGACAACAGCUACGAAAAAAUUAUCACCCGGAGAACCUGGUAAAUUAAAACAACUAUCAGCAGCAAUUAUUGUUAAUAUUGCUGUACUGACAUAUGGAAUGAACUUGGGUUGGUCAUCACCAACAUCACCAACUUUAAUGAGUAACAACACACCAGUUGGAUCAACACCAAUGUCAUCUGAUGAAAUAUCAUGGCUAAAUGGAACACUAUGCCUUGGUGCAUUAUCAGCACUUCCAUUAUGCAGUAAAUUAUCAGAAAAAUUUGGUCGUAAAAAAUUUGGUUGUUUAAUUGCAAUUCCAUUAAUAAGUUGUUGGUUUAUUAAAUUAAUUGCAUUUAAUUAUUAUUGUUUAUUAAUAUCACAAUAUCUUGGUGGUAUUGGUGGUGCAAUGUCUUUUUUUUUAAUUCCAAUAUAUGUUAGUGAAAUAUCAGCAGACAGUAUUAGAGGACAACUUGGUACAUUUUUAGUAUUUGCUGUUAAUAUUGGUAUUGUUCUUGGCUAUACUAUUGGUGCUAAUUUAUCAUACAGAUUAUUUGCUGCAUUUUCAAUGAUACCACCAAUAACAUUUUUUUUUGGCUUUAUAUUUAUGCCUGAAACACCAAUUUAUCUUGUGAGAAAUAAUCGAAUUGCCGAUGCAACAAGAUCAUUGAUGUGGCUUAAAAAUAAUGACACAUCAACAGUUGAACAUGAGCUACAACAUUUAAAUAAAUUAGCAAAUGAAAAUUCAGAUAAAAAAAGUAAAAUUGGAUUUAAAGAUUUAUUCAGAGAUCGUGGCACAACAAAAGGAUUUAUCAUCGCCCUGGGUCUCAUGAUAGGACAACAAUUGUGUGGAAUAUCAGCAAUAGCAAUGUAUACAUCAGAAAUAUUUAAAUUAGCUGGUAGUUCAAUGUCACCAAAUUCAUCGGCAAUUAUUUUUGGAUCAAUUCAAGUUAUUGGAUCAUUUUUAUCAACAAUUAUGAUGGAAAAAGCUGGUAGACGUUCACUUAUACUUGUGUCAUGUUUUGGAAUGGCUUUGUGUCAUUUUAUACUUGGUGCAUUUUUAUCUUUGAUGACUAUUGGCUAUGAAGUUGAUUCAUUUUCUUGGAUACCAAUUGUUGCAAUGUCAUUUUAUGCUGUUACAUAUUGUCUUGGUAUGGGACCAGCUCCCUUUGUUGUUGCCUCUGAAGUAUUUGCAUCUGAUAUAUCAUCAUUUGCAAAUUCAGUAUCAAUGAUUACACUUUGGCUAUUUGCAUUUUUAACAAUUAAAUUUUUUCCAAUUGUUAUUUCUGCUAUUGGUAUGGCUGGUUGUUUUUAUUUAUUUUCAUUAUUUUGUACUUUUACAUUUUUUUUUACAUUUUUCAUUGUACCAGAAACAAAAGGUAAACCAAUUGAACUUAUUUUUGCUGAAUUAAAUGGUUGUCCAGAUAAACUUGAUCGAGGAUAUACUCAUACUUGUUUAGAAAUUAAUGAUAGAAAAAAUAGUAAAAGUUCAAAUGUGUAAAAAAGUAAUUUCUUUUUUUUAAAAAAAAGUAUUUUAACUAUUAUUUCUUUAGUUUAAUUAUAGUUAAUUAUUUUAUUAUAUUACUAAUUAUUAUCAAUUGUAGAAAAUAACAUUAUUUCGAUUUUUAAUUAUUUUUUUUUUCUAAGAUUUAAAGCUAAAUUUCUAGAUGUCGACUAAAUUGUAAAAAUAUUUAAUUUAUUAAUUGCUUUUUUUUAAAUAGUUUUUGUUUUUUUUUUGUUUAAUUGAGUCACGUUUUUAUCAACAAAAGAUUUAUAUAUGUCGAUCGAUAGUUUAUUGACCUCAAUGCAUGCGCAACAUGGAAACAACUUUUAUUU